CCUAGCUGGCGGAGGCAGCGCGGCUCACGGGACCCGAACCGGGAUCGGCCUGGGGGAGCCAGCUGGAGGGCUUCCAGGGGCUCAGCCUUCCCUAGCGGCCCUCCCUGCAGGGUCUCCGAGGGGCAGGUUGAGCAGAGGCUGUUUGGCAAGCAUCAUGCCAUGCUUUUGCCCACUUUCCAGGUAAAGGUUGAGGUUUCUGCGUAAGAACUUCCUUGUUACAAUGUCUCUGCCCCUUACAGAGGAGCAGAGGAAGAAAAUUGAAGAGAAUCGGCAGAAGGCACUGGCUCGCAGAGCUGAGAAGCUGUCGGGGGAACAACCCCAGAGCUCCUCCAUAGCUGCCUGCCAGUCCCCGGCCAAGCAGGGCCCUUCCCAGCAUCCCCCACAGAAGCCUUCAAGGCCGCUGAGCCAUGGGGUCUUUUCCAAGCAACAGAACUUCAGUGGUCCUAGCAGUGACCAAAGACCUCAGAAUUCCCACUAUUCUCAUCUCAGCACACCCAAGCCAUCACAGGCGACAGAGAAGAGGCAAGAAGAGGUCUCAACAGCCUGCCACAGCACCCCAAAUCCGGUGACCCACACUGGGAUCUCCCCUCCCUUGGCACAAAGUUCUCUGAAGGUCCAGUCAACUCCCUUUGCUGAUACAACUCAUGAGACCUUGACCAACACAGGAAGUUUUCCGAAAGCUCCAGGUUCUUCUUCCGGACAACCUCCCCAGGAUCUUGGAUUGGAGAGCAGUGCAGUGAUACCAUCCACGUCUUCCUCCUCCUCCUCACAGAAUCUUUGCAGUACCCCUUGUGGGUCAGGGACUAUGGCCCACAGGACAGAAAGACUGCCACAGACCUCAGGGACUCCAGUGCCAAAAGCAGUCAGCUCCCAGCAGGGGAUUUGUGUGAGGAGCGGAGAUCGGUUCCAGGUGAAGAUUGGCUACAAUGCAGAACUCAUUGCAGUGUUCAAGAGCCUGCCCAGCAGAAGUUACGACCCUGCCAGCAAGACGUGGAGCUUCAGCAUGUCCGACUACGGUGCCCUGAUGAAAGCAGCCGGGCGCCUCCCUGCCGUCACCCUGCAGCCCCUGGAGGGGGCCGAGGGCAGCAGCACACAGACCAGCCUGCCCUCCGCCCCGUCACUCGCCUUCGUCAAGGGGCGAUGCAUGCUCAUCUCCCGCGCCCGCUUCGAGGCCGACAUUGGCUACUCCGAGGAGCUGAUCACCCUGUUUAAGCAGAUGGAGUCCAGAAUUUAUGAUGUCAAGACCAGGAAGUGGAACUUUCUCUUGGAAGAGCACAAUAAGCUAAUUGAAAGGGUGCGCUGCCUCCCGCAGGUCCAGCUGGAUCCGCUGCCCAAGACUGUGGUCCUGGCUUUCGCCUCGCAGCUGGAGAAGACAUCACUCCACCCCACGCCGGAAGUCCCCGAGGCUGACCUUUCCGGAGUGGACCCCAAGCUCGUGUCUAACCUGAUGCCCUUUCAGAGAGCAGCAGUCAAUUUUGCCAUAGCCAAGAGAGGCCGCCUGCUGUUGGCCGACGACAUGGGCCUAGGCAAGACCAUCCAAGCCAUCUGCAUUGCUGCCUUUUACCGGAAGGAGUGGCCACUGCUGGUGGUGGUGCCAUCCUCCGUGCGCUUCACCUGGGAGCAGGCCUUCUUGCGGUGGCUGCCAUCUCUGAGCCCAGACAAGGUCAACGUUGUGGUGACCGGGAAGGAUUGUCUGACAGCCGGCUUGGUCAACAUUGUCAGUUUUGACCUUCUCAGCAGGUUGGACAAACAGCUGAAAACUGCCUCCUUUAAAGUCAUUAUCAUUGAUGAAUCUCACUUCCUCAAGAAUAGUAAGACGGCCCGCUGCCGCGCAGCCAUGCCCCUCCUGAAGGUGGCCAAGAGGGUGAUCCUACUGUCGGGCACACCAGCCAUGUCCCGGCCAGCAGAACUCUACACGCAGAUAAUCGCGGUCAAGCCGACUUUCUUCCCUCAGUUUCAUGCCUUCGGACUUCGCUAUUGUGACGCCAAGCGGCUGCCAUGGGGCUGGGAUUACUCCGGCUCCUCCAACCUAGGAGAGCUGAAGCUGCUGCUGGAAGAGGCCAUCAUGCUGCGGCGCCUCAAGGCCGACGUCCUGUCCCAGCUCCCCGCCAAGCAGCGCAAGAUGGUGCUGGUUGUCCCGGGACGGAUCAACGCCAAGGCCAAGGCUGCCCUGGAUGCUGCAGCCCAAGAAAUGACCACCAGGAACAAAACUAAGCGGGAGCAGAAAGAGGCCCUCAUUCUCUUCUUCAACAGAACAGCUGAAGCUAAAAUCCCUUCCGUCAUCGAGUACAUCCUGGACCUUCUGGAAAGUGGAAGAGAGAAGUUCCUGGUGUUUGCCCACCAUAAGGUGGUUCUGGAUGCGAUUACCAAAGAGCUGGAGAGGAAGCACGUGCAGCACAUUCGCAUCGAUGGCUCGACGUCCUCCGCGGACCGAGACGCCCUGUGCCAGCAGUUCCAGCUGUCGGAGAGGCACACCGUGGCAGUGCUGUCCAUCACGGCCGCCAACAUGGGCCUCACCUUCUCCUCGGCUGACCUGGUGGUGUUCGCAGAACUGUUCUGGAACCCAGGGGUGCUGAUCCAGGCUGAGGACCGGGUGCACCGCAUCGGACAGACCAACUCCGUGGGCAUUCACUACCUCGUGGCAAAAGGCACUGCUGAUGACUACCUCUGGCCCCUGAUUCAAGAGAAGAUUAAAGUUCUGGGGGCAGCUGGGCUUUCUGAGACCAACUUCUCAGAAAUGACAGAAGACACCGAUUACUUCCACAAGGACCCCAAGCAGCAAAAGAUCUACGACCUAUUCCAGAAGUCCUUCGAGGAAGAUGGGAGUGAUACCGAGCUGCUAGAGGCAGCAGAGUCCUUUGACCCCGGUUCCCUGGACACAGGAGACACCCUGGAUGAAGGCGCACUGACCGACAGUCCACCCAAGAAGAGGAGAUUUGAUUUUUUUGAUAGCUGGGACAGUUUUACCUCUCCUUUGUGAGAGAACCAACAACAAAAAUUAAAAAUCAUGGAAUUCAUUAAAAUAAGGUCUUUGUUUUUGA